AUGAUGGCGGCGGCUGCACGGCUCUUCGUCCGCAGUACAAACCCAAGACUGGGGCAGGUUGUCAGUGGAGGUCUGCUGAGCUCUUUAUCCCGAACACAAACGCAAAAAAGAAACUUAGCGCACUUUACCUAUCAACCCGACCCUGUCCCAACACAAUAUGGACCCACCCAGAAGAUGAACCUGUUUCAGUCAGUUACAAGUGCCUUGGAUAAUACUCUGGCGGAUGAUCCAACAGCAGUGAUCUUUGGUGAAGAUGUUGCCUUUGGUGGAGUCUUCAGAUGCACAGUCGGCCUGAGGGACAAAUAUGGUAAAGAUCGAGUGUUCAAUACCCCCCUCUGUGAGCAAGGCAUUGUUGGAUUCGGGAUUGGAGCUGCUGUCGCUGGUGCUACUGCUAUUGCAGAGAUCCAAUUUGCUGAUUACAUUUACCCAGCAUUUGAUCAGAUAGUCAACGAAGCAGCAAAGUACAGAUACCGCUCUGGAAACCUGUUUGACUGUGGAAACCUCACAAUCCGUGCUCCUUGGGGCUGCGUUGGACACGGCUCUCUCUACCAUUCUCAGAGCCCAGAGGCGUUCUUUGCUCACUGCCCAGGCAUCAAGAUCGUCAUACCUCGUGGACCAGUUCAGGCUAAAGGACUGCUGCUCUCCUGCAUCAAAGACAAAAACCCAUGUAUAUUCUUCGAACCCAAGAUACUUUACAGAGCGGCAGUGGAGCAGGUUCCUGUGGACGCGUACACCAUUCCACUGUCACAGGCCGAGGUGCUUCAGGAGGGAAGUGACGUCACGUUGGUUGCCUGGGGUACUCAGGUACAUGUGAUGAAGGAGGUUGCUAAUAUGGCACAGGAAAAGCUGGGCGUUUCCUGUGAAGUCAUUGAUCUACAAACUAUACUCCCCUGGGAUGCAGAAACUAUCUGUAAGUCUGUGGCAAAGACGGGCCGCUUGCUCAUCAGUCACGAGGCGCCGCUCACUGGAGGGUUUGCUGCUGAAAUCAGCUCUACUGUGCAGGAAGAGUGCUUUUUGAACCUAGAGGCUCCCAUCAGCAGAGUACAAGUGGAAGUGCUUAGAGGCCAUCAAGAAGAUGAUCAACUACUGACCGACACCUGUUCACCUUGA